UUUUUUCUCUUUAUUCAAUCAUGAGCUUCACUGUUGAGGACCUUGUUUCCUCCUUUUCCUCUAGCCAUAUCGGCCAGGAAGCAAUGGAUCUCGCCGCGCUUCAGGCUCAGCUAGCACAGGCCUUGUUCGUGCAGGACAUGCCGCGAGAGAAUCAUUGCCGCCGGCCGUGUAGCACCCCUACGUUGCGGACGCCGUCGUCGAGUUUUAGCUGGGGCCCGGCUAUAGGACAGUCGUCGUCGAGGCGCCAGACCGACGAGGUUAUGCGUGACUCGGACGAGCUGGAAGACGAGAGAAUGGUCGAGGACCUGUUGCUCCCUGAGCCGCCCAUUUCCGUGGCGCACUUUGCUGUGCCUUCCCAGUCCCGGCCCCAGCACAAAAGCCAAAAGUCCACGGGAACGGGAUUCACUGCAAUCUCAUCAGAAUCUAAUUUCACGACAACAGACCCUUUCUAUAUGGCGCAGCUGCAGGCUAUGCAGUACAAUAGCCCACCGCCCUCCGUUUUCUCCCAGCUUGGCCGCCCUGCCCAGCAGUCGCCCUUUGUGCAGCCGCAACAGCCUUAUCCGUUACCCUCGCACAGGGAUGGGUUCCUUGGUUCACCAUCAGCAUCAUCUAUUUCCAUAGACCCCUCAUCAUAUCUUGUCACCUCCUCACCAUUUGAGUGCUGACCGGGCUUUCGAGCGCGGCCUUAUCUCGUUAUUCAGGCUGUCGGGCCAUUAUUGACAGCAAAUGGCCUCCCGUCAUCGUCCCGCCGCUCAUUCCAAACUCUUAUUCGGUCAUCUUCCGAUCGGGCCAACAGCGCCCGGACCGGCGUAUACCCUCAGGAAAUGCCAAACUCCGCCGCUCCCUCCCAAUCUAUCUUCCAGUACUCAUAAUUAUUAGAUCUCUUAUUUUCUGUAAUGUAGAUUCACACGCAGUGUUACUGUUGUUGUAAGAUAGGUUAGGCCUGAUCUCGAUAUUGUUGACGAUGCUCUUCAUUUCUUCCGCGAGUGCUGCGAUGGCUUAUCGAAAAUGAUAUCGAAGUGGAUACCGGUACCCUGAUUGCCCGAGUCGAGACCGUACGGAAGUAAUUUCAUUGUAGCAGCGGCUCACUGCCGUUCCAGGGAAGUUUUUGGUG